AUGGUAAGGCAGCGACGGCGGCGGCGGCGGAGGCACGCGUGUGAUGCCUUGCCUUUGUCACUGUUGCAGACUGCCCAAGGGGCGCCUAUGUUGGUGGAACUCAAGAGCGGUGACACAUACAACGGCCAGCUUGUGAACUGCGAUACAUGGAUGAACAUCAACCUUAAAGACGUGAUUUGCACGGCAAAGGAUGGCGAUCGCUUUUGGAAGCUUCCCGAGUGCUACAUCCGCGGAAACACCAUCAAAUACAUUCGUAUCCCGGACGAGGUAUUGGACAUGGUGGUCGAAGAGGACCUGACAAAGAAAGAGGCGACGGCGGGGGCCGAGGUGAUGGUGGUCGCGGUCGUGGAGAAGGUGGUCGUGGACGAGGCGACGGUGGCCGCGGACGUGGCCGAGGCAGCGGUGGUCGCGAUUCGAGCCGCGGAGGCGGGCGGGCGAGUUCCCGUGGUGGCCGUGGGUAUCAUGGCGAGACCGCAUAAAAUCAAGGAGAGGUUGAAUUCCCCUUGUAUGUCUUCCUCGCAAAGCAUGCAUUGUCUGCAUGCAAAACAGUGCAAGAACCCGCGAGACAAUUGA